AUUGAAUUUUACGUCGUAACGCGAAGCUCCUCGUUUGAAGACGUUGAAAGCCCACUGAACGACAAUCGAAUUCUCGCCGUAAAAUAGACGCGGUGUAUUUGACGGCGUAACGAGGUGAAUACAGAGGAGUUUGAUCCUUUUGGACGUAAAAAAGGUGUCAGAAAGUCAGAUAUGUGCUCAAAGUGUUUUGAACAGUGAUGAACGCCAUAGUAAUGAACGCCAUACAAAACAAUUGGGGUUCCGAGUGAGAGCUUCAAGUCAAUCCUUUGAGGAAAGGUUCUUCAUGGCCUUAGCAGCGGCACCAUUGUUUCGCUCAACAAAAGAGACAACUAAUUACGCCCGGUUAUGCAGGCUUUUGGUGGAUGUCAGUACACAUAUCCUGAGAGAAACAUUCGACAAGAAGCGUCCACCAGGAAACCUGGACAUGGUUUUGUCAAGUCCCCCAGUUCGUGCUUUGCUUCAAUUACUCAAAAGUAGAAAAGUGUUGAAUCCAUCACAAUGGGGAAGACUAUAUCCUAGCAUAAAAUCUUCAGUUUCAUCAAAGAAUUUCGAUAUCACUCUACUGAUGGUUCUGCUGAGAAAUAUUUGUAGUCUUCAUCCUCCACCUACCGGCUGGGAUAAAUUCCCUCCUGCGACAGACACAACCCUUGAGGCAGAUAUUGUCCGCAUCAAGUGCUACAGAAACGCAGUUUAUGGUCACGCCAGUCAGGCCUCAGUUGAUGACGCAAAAUUCAAUCAGUACUGGCAGGACAUCCAAGAUGCACUGGUGAGACUGGGAGGAGCAGGUUACCAAGGUGCCAUUGAUGAACUGAAAAAGGAAUGCAUGGACCCUGAUUUCGAGGAACACUACAAAGAGCUUCUUAAACAGUGGGUGAUGGAUGAAGACAGUAUGAAGAAAACCCUGGAUGAAAUCAAAGCAGACUUGAAUGAUUUGAAACAAUUCAUGAUCAAACCUGAAAAGAAGACAGGAUUGGAAGGUGUGGCAGAAUACACGAACGCGUUGAAAGAUUCGAUAAAGAGCCAAACGAAGUUCCUUACUGUAGCUUCUCCUACCUCAUCUAAGGUAAGAAUAGAUGACACAUACACCAGUCUUCUGAUACAACAUGGAAGAAAGCAAGUCGAAGACUUUGAUUUGGAAAGAGAAAAACACCUUCAGCAAUACGGUCAAGUGAGAGGAAAGCCAGUCAAACACUGUCAAGAAAUUUUCGCCUCUGACACCGAUUGUGAAGAGGAAAAGAAUCCAAAAACUGUUCUUGUCACUGGGAAGGCAGGGAUUGGUAAAACGCUGUUCUGCCAAAAGUUGAUCCGAGAUUGGGCUGACAACAAAUUGUUCCAAUCCCAAACAAACUCGGUGAAACUACCUGACUUUAAGUUCGCUUUCUUGUUAACAUUCCGUCAAUUAAAUCUACUUGGGGACGACAGUGUUACUUUAAAGGAUAUCUUAAUCCGAUCCUCAGUGCUAGAUGAUAACUCAAAUAUUGACGACUCUUUAUUUGAGUACAUUGUUCAUCAUUCUGAAGAGGUUUUGAUCAUCCUCGACGGGUUUGAUGAGUGUUCAAAACAAAGUUUCAUUGCGAGUAAUUUGGAUGAACAGUAUCCAAAUAUUGCCCAGGAGGAAAUGCCAGUUGCAGCACUAUGUGCCAAGCUGAUCAAAGGGAAAAUAUUGAAAGAUUCGUUUGUCAUGAUAACCUCAAGAUCCGAUGAGUCUGAUGACAUUAAGGAUAAAAUUGGCUUUGACCGGUGCGUAGAAAUCACAGGAUUUUCCGAGCAACAGGUGAAGGAAUACAUUGAAAAGUAUUUCAAAGAAAACGAAGUAAUGAAGAAAGCUGUGAUGGACCACAUCACCAAGAAUGAAAAUCUUGUCAGCUUUGCCCACAUUCCAGUUCUCUGUUUUCUGAUGUGUUCCUAUUUUGAGUAUGUCUGGCAGAAAUCGAUGAAAACUGAUGAUCUCCCGGUCAACGCAAGUGACAUUUACUUUGAAGUGGUUCAUAUGUUUUUUAAGAACCAUAGCAAAACGAAGGAAAUCCCUCUUGAAGCUACGAUGGAGAAGCUGUCAAUUUUAGCGGCUCAAUUGCUCCGGGAAAAGAAGUACCUCUUCGCGGUCGAAGACAUGAAGACCUUAACCCCAGAAGAAGUUGAAAACUUACGAGCAAGCGGUCUUCUUCAUUGCGGUCCCAUGUUUAGAAAAUCUUUCUCAGAAAUGACGAAAUAUUUCUAUUUCACCCAUUUGACACUCCAGGAAUACUUGGCGGCCCAUUGGUUUGUGAAGCAGAAAAAGAUUCCCUCCGGAGAAAACGCAUCAGCAAUGGUAUUGCAAUUUAUGUCAGGCAUUUUAUCAAAGCAGAACGACAAAGCUUUUAUGGAACAAUUGAUUGAAAGACUCCACCAGAGGUCUUCAGCUAAGCAUCCCGCCGGACUAGUGAUGAUGAAGUGUCUCGCUGAGUACAAGAACGUAAAAUUUGCACAAAAUGUCGUGAAGAAAUACUACCGUGAUUUUUGUGAUCGUGAUGGAAAGAUCAAAUUUCUACAUUUGACUGAUGUGGACUGCAUUGCCCUGUGUUUUCUGUUAGAUGUAAUCAAUACUUUAAAUUUAUUUCAAAUGUCUGCAAGGAGUCAGUCAUCCUCUCAACUGACUCGCACACCGUCGGGUAAUCGACGAUAUCUCCAUAGGCGUGUAACCCCGAAUGCAGAGGAAACUUCUAGAAGAGUUCAAACUUCCUCUCACCGGUCCUGUUGGGCACCGGUUGAACAGCUGACUCUCUUCAAUUGCCAAAUGACACAGACUGGAUUACGAAAAAUCUGUGAGGCGCUAAAGAAAAGGCUCUGCACCAUCACUUCAUUACUCCUUUCUGAGUGUAAUUUAACCGAAGACUGUAUUGCUACGAUCGCUGAAUCGUUGCCAUCGACUAAGUUGAUCGAACUGUCUCUUAAAGGAGCUCGUAUUGCUGAUGCCGGUGUUGUCAGUCUAUGUCAAGCAUUACAGAAAGCAACUACUCGUAAAGUGGUAGAAAAACUAAAUCUGAGUGGCAACCAGAUCACAGAUGAUGGUGUUGUCAGUCUAUGUCAAGCAUUGCAGACAGAAAAGUGCAAAGUCACUGAGCUAAAUAUGAGUGGUAAUCAAAUCACCGAUACCGGUGUUGCCAGUCUAUGUGAAGCUUUACAGACAUCAACAUGCAAAGUCACUACACUGUAUCUGGGCUGUAAUCAGAUCACCAAUGCCGGUGUUGCCAGUCUAAGUAAAGCAUUACAGACAGAAACAUGCAGAGUCACCGCAUUGUAUCUGGGGCGUAAUCAGAUCACCGAUGCUGGUGUUGUCAGUCUAAGUGAAGCAUUACAGACAGAAACAUGCAAAGUCACCACAUUGUCUCUGGAGCGUAAUCAGAUUACCGAUGCCGGUGUUGCCCGUUUAUGUCAACCAUUAAGGACAACAACAUGUAAAGUCACUACACUAGAUCUGAACUGGAAUCAGAUCUCCAAUGACGGCGUUGAAACCCUCUGUCAAACUUUACAGAAGGCGCAUUGUCAAGUCACUACUUUGCGCUUGAGUGGUAAUUCUCAGAUUACCAUUGUUGGUAAGAGGCGUCUCAAAAACGUUUUGAAGAGAAAACCCCAUCUUAAACUGUUUGGGUUUCCAGAAGAUACGUAGAAGACAAGUUAAGCGGCAUUAGUUGCUUAAGAAAGUCUAAAAGGAUAGAAACAGUGCAAUCAAAUAUGAGUGAACGGUGAUUUCAUUUAGCACCAGAUAUCUCUAGCAAUAUCAACAACAUGUCAAAUAUUUUUUCUUUAAUCACAUCUUCCAGAAACGUUCCCGGAAAGAGGCUUUUUAGAAACAGAACUGCUGAAAGGUGGCAUAAGUAAAUUUCUGAAAUAACUUUUUCAAUUGAAAAAAAAAAAAAAAAAAAAAAACAAGACUGAUAUAAUGAUAAUAUCACCUUUUAUUGCGCUUCAUCUGCGAAAGCGCUUGCGUUUGAGGAAACUGAUUCAAUGCUCAAGCUUGAGAUUAUAAUUUUUAUUUACCGCUAGUCAGUUGCUGAAACUGUGUAUAUGUAGGUGGCUGGUUCGAAGUAUUUUAAGGAAACUAGACAAGUGUCCAUGUUUCAGUAAAUUAUUUACUUGCUUGUUGACAGGGAUAAAAGAAAAAUGUGAUUUCAAGUCCUGAUGUGUUUUAUUUAUGCUAGAGAGCAUUUAUUUUCCUCAUCAUGUUAUAAUAGUGAUUAGUCACCGAAGUAAAUAAACCUUAAAAAAUGA